CAGCCCUGACGAACAUCGCCUGGCACUUCCCAUGAUGCAAGCCAUCUGACCAGGUUGCCGGGUCCACCAGGUGAUCUGCCUCAGGCUGCCGCCUCCAUCGUCAUCUCCCAGCAUGCACCUCUCACUUCCUGUGCAGAUGCAAUGACAGCUUGACCAUAGCUGCUGUUGGAAAUUUGUUUGGUAUUUUUAACCCGUGUUUUUUCACCGGCAACUUGUCUGGAUCUCUUGUGUUGGUGCUGCCAUAUUCCUGUACCAUGACGGAUGUGCUGCCGUCUGCUUCCACUGUCAGUCGCCAUGUGUUCAUAUAUCAGGAUAUUUUGUGAGACAGAUGACUGGAUUUUUAAAAAAAUAUUUCAUGUCACAUUAUGUGAGGAAGGGUUGAGGUGAUUUACAUGAACUCGUCGCGACAGAAGGCUCUGAGACUGUUGAAAUCUAUAUGACAUCUGCUGAUGAAAAGUGAGAAUGGGUGAGGGUGACGCAUCAUGUUACCUCUGACUGCGCCAGCUACAAUAUUCAGUUACUUGGAGGAAUUCAUCAGUAUUGAACUGUACCACAUCUGCCACACUGAGCUAAAUCAUUCCUCAUCGAAUUGCACACUCCCUAUUCAUAGACUGAUUCCUUCCAUUUUGUAUUUCUGACUUGAACCGAAUGAAUGUAAAACCUGAUAUCUCUCUCACCUACACGUGGGAGCGAUAACCCUGUGUGUGUGUGAGACGUGUAGACCGGCACCUGAUCUCACCGGGACCAGUUGUAGGGACAUGUGGUAUUGAUGUUUUACCUGAACGUUUGGACCUUCACAGCUCAUGGUGGCAGUGAGGAGAUGUUUACAAACAACAAGCAAGGUGUUUAGUCCGUCCAUUUUGUGUGAGAGGUGACCAGUUCUGCUGCGAUGGGAGAGGUUUGCAAUGGGGAAAUGCAUCUGCAGACUGCAGGAGGAUUCUGCUUGUGCAGAGAGCAUGGAAGUGCACAGUCCCGCCUCUUCAUCAAGGGAGGGAAGAUCGUAAACGAUGACCAGUCUUACGACGGGGACAUCUACAUUGAGGAUGGAAUUAUCAAACAAAUCGGAAAUAACCUGGUUAUCCCAGGGGGAGCUCGGACAAUUGAUGCUCGGGGCAAGCUCGUUAUCCCAGGCGGCAUCGACACACACACGCACAUGCAGCUGCCCUUCAUGGGGACACAGGCGGCGGACGACUUCUACAGCGGGACCAAGGCAGCUCUGGCAGGAGGAACCACUAUGAUAAUUGAUUUUGUCCUGGAUCAGAAGGGUGUGUCUCUGUUGGAUGCUUACGACAAAUGGCGAUCCUGGGCUGACGAGAAAGUGUGCUGUGACUACGGGCUCCACGUUGCAGUGACGUGGUGGAGUGAGCAGGUGGCCAAUGAAAUGGAGGUGCUGUGCAAUGAGAGAGGUGUGAACUCCUUCAAGAUGUUCCUGGCCUAUAAGGAUGUGUUCAUGCUGUCGGACACAGAACUGUACCAGUCCUUCCUUAAAUGUAAACAGCUUGGUGCCCUCGCUAUGGUGCAUGCAGAGAACGGGAGCAUCAUUGAAGAGAAAUCUCGGGAGAUGCUGCAGAUGGGAAUCUCAGGCCCUGAGGGCCAUGUCUUGUGUCGACCAGAGGAGGUUGAGGCGGAGGCAACACAGCGAGCCAUCACGAUAGCCAACCAGGCUGACGCACCCCUCUACAUUGUACACGUCAUGAGCAAGAGCUCUGCCGAUGUCAUCUCUGCUGCAAGGAGAAAAGGUAAUAUAGUAUUUGGUGAGCCUAUUGCCGCCAGUUUAGGCACCGAUGGUACUCACUGUUUCAACAAAUGCUGGCGUCAUGCUGCUGGUCAUGUGAUGGGCCCCCCUCUCCGGGCAGACCCCACCACACCCGACUAUCUCAUGGAUCUGCUGGCCAACAACGACCUUCAAGUCACGGGCACAGAUAACUGCACGUUCAACGCUGAUCAGAAAGCUCUAGGCAAAGAUGACUUCCGUAAUAUUCCAAAUGGCGUCAAUGGCGUUGAAGAUAGAAUGUCUGUCAUCUGGGAGAAGGGCGUUCACAAUGGUAAGAUGGACCCAUGUAGAUUCGUGGCUGUUACAAGUACAAAUGCUGCAAAGAUUUUCAACAUGUACCCCAAGAAGGGAAGGAUAGCAAUUGGCUCGGAUGCAGAUAUCGUUAUCUGGGACCCUAACCAGACACGAACAAUCUCGGCCAAGACUCAUCACCAGGCCGUGGACUUCAACAUCUUCGAGGGAAUGGUCUGUCAUGGUGUCCCUCUGUACGUCAUGAUGAACGGGCAUGUUGUAUUGGACGAAGGACAGCUGAAGGUGACUCAAGGUCUUGGCCGCUUCAUCCCUACCAACUGUAAUUCCGAGUACGUCUUCGGACGAGUGAAGGAGAGGGAAAGGGCCCGCCGACCAGUGAAGGUGGAGCGUGACCCCUACACCGGCCCCGUCAUUGAGGUCAUGAUGAACGCUCUGUCGAUGAAACCCGUGCACAGCAAUCCCAUUAUCCCUGACGCCAACUCGGCCGAGUUCCACAACCGACCAUUAACCAGUGGAGGUGGACGAAACUUGCAAGACUCCAGCUUUAGCUUCAGUGGUGCCCAGAUAGAUGACAAGGCUCCGCGGCGCUCAACCACUCGCGUUGCAGCUCCCCCUGGUGGUGCUGCCACAAAGCUGUGGUAGUCAAUGUGCUACCCAAGGGCAGAUAACUCAGGCUGUCUCUCGCUUACAGUAAUGAAGUGUCCAAGUGGAGAGCUUGUCAAGUGUUGCGUUCUUAAUUGCUGCAGAUUAUGAGAGACUGUUUUGUUGGGUGGUCCACCUUGUGUACAACUUGCAGACAACUUGUUCAACUUGUUACACGUAGGAAACGUAAAUAUCAAAGUGCAGAAACAUACUGUAUCCAUGACAGUAAGUGAGUGUGGGUUAAUUGUUUUGUCACUGAGACUGAAACUUUCACAAAAUACGUUCUACAAAUCAUUUUAUUUUUAAUUCCUGUUUUAUUCUACAUUUUGAUAGAACGUUCAUGUUUGCAGUUGUACAGAAUGUGUGGAUGCCAGUUUUCAACGUGCAGACAUCUGUUUCAUCAUUCCGUGUUAAGUUGAAAACUCAACGAUUCGUUUCUAAACAUAUAAUGGAAUCAGGUCGUUACAAAAUUAACAGCAUGAAUUUCUAUUUCGCUUGAAAAAUACUUCUAGUCUUACUGGAAUAUAUUUUCCAAUAUCAACAUCACAUGCAGUGACAAAAUUUCAACUGAAUAUCGUGAGUGACAAGCCUUGAUUGUAUGAUGGAUGUGUAAACAUGUGACAAUCACAUGACAUGUCAUGUGACCCCUUGACUGCCCGCUGCUGUUGGAGCAAUGAUCUCAGAACACCAUUCCCAUGAUCAUGCAUUUGUGAAGCAAACCAAACCAAACAUUUACAAGGGUAAACCUCUUUCGUAAUAGAUACCGGAUUGUGUUUCUAUGUUGUAUACAUGUACAUGUCAAUCAUUAAUACUGAAAACCAUGAAUAGUCUAGUCUGAAAACUGAAUUACCCCAAACUUAAUCUGAAGAUGAAAACUGGUUGACAAAUGCAGAGUCAAGGGUCAAAGGUCAAAGGUCAACAUUCGACGGCAAGCUUUUAACCAGAACUCUAUUUCCCCACCAAAGGGAGGUAACUGAAGUAGUGGAUGUAUGAACCAGUGAGUGGCAACCACCUGGUGUCAACACUAUUCAGUGAGGAUAGCUUUGUCAGGGUUCGAAGUAUAAUGUUUUACAAGAUACAUAAUAAUUUUAUUUCUUUGUACAAGUAACCAAAUAUGAUUCAUGAUAUUGUAGACAUGUGUCCAUUUUGUUUUUUGUAUUGUAGACUGUGCAUGUUUUGUUGAGUUUUUGUCAAAUUCAUUUUUAAACACAUAAAUAUUUUACAGAAGUGAAAAUGUUUCUCCCUGCAAGGGGAGAUAAUUUGCCUACAUUCUUACUAAUGAAAUUAACACCUAUAACACAGGGAACAAUGAACUUUUAGUUUCAAUACUAAUUUUAUUUAAAAAACUAAGUAUCCAGAAAAAUAUAUCACCAGGAUUUGUCUCAACUGUUAAUUGACUGUCUCUUUAAAACCUCCUGGGAUUAAUUCAUAGAUGGCCCUGUUAAAGAUCAACUACCUAUGCAAGGGGAAAGUACCAGAUAUAAUCUCUUGUACAAGAAAGUAUUUAACUGUCAUUAAUCAGACAUAUUCAGCAGAGUACACCAUGUAUAUGUAGGGACUGUCAGUGUAUAGCAGGUUAUUGUAAAUUAUAUUCUUUUAUAAUAUGGGUUGGAAAUUGUACGCUUUGAGUCAGGCCAGGCCACUGGAAACUUGCUUCACACUUGUUCCUUUUAAAUUCCUUUUUUAAUUUUGACAUAUUAACCCUUUUUCAACUGUCAUUCCUUGAACCAAAGAACUGUUUUUGCAUCAGCUUUAUAAACAGACUAUCUACUGCAUAUUAUUCCCUAUUUAUUUCAGUGUGGAUGGUGCCUUUUUUUUUCUGGUAGAUUGGAAUUCAACCGAACAUGUUUACCUUAAUUGAUUUAAGUAAUUCUUUUUUUCAAAUAAAAAAACGUUUUGAAAUCAUCUUUAUAGAUUCUAUUCAAAAACUUAACAAGAGCUUAUUGUUUGAAUUUGGAAUUGAAAUAUUCAAGGAAUGUUUUAACGAGAGGGGUUUAGGUGCUCCCUGCACCAUCCAUCCUGCAACAACACUGUCUGUGAGUCUGUUUAUCCCAGUGCCUGAAUAAGGGGAAGAGAGGUACAAUGGCCUUGUUGAUAUUGUCAUAGUCGUAGCCUGUUGUAGGUGUCAGCAUUUACAUCUCUACUAUGUACUGCCAAUCAAGGCAAAUAAAUUAUUGCUUCUGA